GUGGGCGGAGCCUGCUGGUGGGUUGAAGGAGGAAAAACGCGCUCUUCAUCAGCGGUGGAACGGACGCGCUCGUCGUCCCGCCACUCCGCAUCCCCCCGUCGGUUCGGCGGUUCGGUAUCGAUGGCAACGACCGCGGACGAGCCGCGGGACGUGGCGGACGUUGCGGCGCCGCAGCGCGGCGGCGGCCCGCGGCACAACAGCAACAACAACAAUAACAACAACAACAACAAAGACAGCGAGGCGGGGGAGAGCACGAGCGCCGCGACCACGGCCGAGUCCGGCGGGAACAGCACCUCGGCGGGGAGCAACGGGAAGUGGGUCCGGCUGAACGUGGGCGGAACCGUGUUCCUCACGACGCGGCAGACCCUCCUGAAGGAGCAGACCUCCUUCCUGUACCGGCUGUGCCAGCAGCAGGACCUGCACUCGGACACGGACGAGUCGGGGGCCUACGUGAUCGACAGAGACCCCACCUACUUCGGCCCCAUCCUCAACUACCUACGACACGGGAAGCUGGUGUACAACAAGGAGCUGGCGGAGGAAGGUGUCCUGGAGGAGGCGGAGUUUUACAACAUCACCCCCCUGAUCAAGCUGAUCAAGGAGAGGAUCACGGAGAGGGACUCCAAAGCCACACAGCAGGUGCCCCCCAAGCACGUCUACCGGGUCCUGCAGUGCCAGGAGGAGGAGCUGACCCAGAUGGUCUCCACCAUGUCCGACGGCUGGAAGUUUGAGCAGGUCAGCGUGCGCGCCUGCAGAAAGCCCCGCACCGGACUGCUCUGGACUAUGGUGAACAUCGGCUCGUCUUACAGCUACGGCACGGAGGACCAGGCCGAGUUCCUGUGCGUGGUCUCCAAGGAGCUCCACACGCCCGGAUCCGGCCUCGGCACGGAGCAGAGCCACAAAACCAAGCCGGCUGAGAUGCAGGAGGAGGAGGAAGCAGCGAAGGAGGAGGAGGAGGAGGAGGAGGAGGAGGAGGGAGGGAGAGAAACUACACCAAAUGAAUGGCUUAGAGAAUGAGGGAGUCAGGAGGCGGGAAUGGCUCUUCCAGAUCCACGGCGCUCGGAUGUAGAGAUAUAUAUAUAUAUUUUUGGCUCAUCUUAAGAAAAGUAGGUUUUCCAUCCACUGCCUGAAGCAGGAACAUCUUCGGAGGUGAAUCAGACGAGGACGCUCACCAAAGAUCGCUUCUGAGGGCGGAGCUUGAUCAUCUCUGACUUUUUAUCACUUUUAUGCUCGUCUGGUAGAUUUAUGGGGCGUUCAGGAACAAAAUCUUUAAUAUAAUGUAACUUUAACUGUAAACGCGAUCAUUCCAGCAGAUUUUGAAGGUGAAAACGCCGCUUUUCACCUUCAAAAUCUGCUGGAAUGAUCCCGUUUAUGGUUGAAAAGUUACAGUAAAUCAAAGAAGAUGAACACUGGAGCUCCUCUGUUAAAAGGUUAAAUGCAUCAAAGUCAGUAACAUCUGAACCUAUAAUGAUUUAUGUGGUCGUGUGAACAGAAUCGGCUUCAAAUCCGCUUUUCAAAUCACUGAAGCUUAAAACGAAUUCAACUAAAUCCACUGGAAACAACUAAA